CAGCACUGUUCCUGACUUUCACCUUCAUGAUACCUGUUACUUGAGCACCCGGAGGGAAAAAAAAAGGUUUUAUUGCCUCUUUCAUGGUUUUUUGCAUUUCUAACCAGCACAAGCCAAAGAAUUACCAAACCCCAAUAAAAUAGUCACUACUCUCUUUCCAUGUUGCUCACUUGUCAACACCGAACUCUCUCCAAGAAAACCCUCAGCUCUUCCUUUAUAAUCCUUUGCUUUUGUUGAUAUUCUGCAUCCACCGCCUUUGUUCUCAACAAUCAAGUGAGUUUUCUUCCAUUUGCACCUGCAAAAAGAGAUGUCGAAUCCUGGGAUGAAAGGUGUUGAGAAGCAGAGCAGUAUUUUCACACGGCGUGUGGCAAAUCCCGGGAAGGCAACGGUUCUUGCUCUUGGGAAAGCCUUCCCAAGCCAAGUGGUUCCUCAGGAGAAUCUCGUGGAGGGAUUUCUACGCGACACCAAAUGUGAUGACGCCUUUAUCAAAGAGAAGCUGGAACACUUGUGCAAAACCACAACCGUGAAGACGCGUUACACGGUGUUGUCGCGAGAGAUACUGGAUAAAUACCCUGAGCUAACAACAGAGGGGUCACCAACAAUCAAGCAAAGACUUGAAAUUGCAAACGAGGCGGUUGUGGAAAUGGCAUUGGAAGCCAGUUUGGGUUGCAUCAAGGAAUGGGGAAGGCCAGCGGGAGACAUCACUCACAUUGUCUAUGUUUCCUCAAGCGAGAUCCGAUUACCCGGUGGUGACCUUUACCUCUCCGCAAAGCUAGGGCUGAGGAAUGACGUGAACAGAGUGAUGCUGUAUUUUCUGGGAUGCUACGGGGGCGUGACAGGCCUCCGCGUGGCGAAAGACAUUGCGGAGAACAACCCGGGAAGCCGAGUUCUGCUGACAACCUCUGAAACCACCAUUCUCGGGUUCCGGCCACCAAACAAAGCUCGUCCUUACGACUUGGUUGGGGCUGCUCUGUUUGGAGAUGGUGCAGCUGCAGUGAUCAUCGGAGCAGACCCGAGAGAGAGCGAGGCUCCUUUCAUGGAGCUGCACUAUGCUGUUCAGCAGUUCUUGCCGGGGACACAGAACGUGAUUGACGGGAGGUUGUCGGAGGAAGGCAUAAACUUCAAGCUAGGACGAGACCUCCCGCAGAAGAUAGAAGAGAACAUAGAAGAGUUCUGCAAGAAGCUGAUGGGAAAGGCCGGCGAUGAAUCCAUGGAGUUUAACGACAUGUUCUGGGCAGUUCAUCCAGGAGGACCUGCGAUUCUGAACCGCCUGGAGACAAAACUGAAGCUGGAGGGAGAGAAGCUGGAGAGCAGCAGAAGGGCGUUGAGGGACUACGGGAACGUGAGCAGCAACACAAUACUGUAUGUGAUGGAGUAUGUGAGAGAUGAGCUAAAGAAGAAAGGCGAGUCCGCACAAGAGUGGGGACUUGGCUUAGCUUUCGGACCUGGAAUCACCUUCGAAGGCCUUCUCAUCCGCAGCCUCACAUCCCUCUGAUUUCAAUCAAUUUGUCACAAGACAAAAGUAGAAAAUAUACAAAAUAAUAUUAUUUAUAAACUUAUUUCAUGUAAGCCUUUAACAUAAAUUCAGUUGGUUAAUAUAUUAUAUAUAGCA